GGCGCCGUCCGGGAAGCGUUGAGUCAACUCGCGACAGUCUUUUCUUUGCGGUGCUGGGAAACAUUCGAGAUGGGGAGCGCUGGCAGCUGAUGGUGAGGCUGAGCAUUUCUCCAGGUGCUCCUCCAUCAUAUCACUACUUGAGUUAGCAUCAUGAGAAGCAGAUGGGAUGUUGUAGGGUUGCUACUCCUAGCCUUCAAGGUCUCUGGGCUGAAAAAAGGUGACCCAGAUGCCACUAUGGGCCUGCAGUGCUUCCAACCAUUUUUCAGCAACUUUGUGAACUGCAGCUGGUUGACCUGGGAAUCUCAAAAUGCUAACGCCACCUAUAUCCUUCACUACCAGAGCAUAAAAUUUGGCAAAAUGCUGCCACAUCUUGGCCAAGUGCACUUAGUGAUAGCCCAGACGGGACAGAACUGGCUGCUUAUUGAACGAAGGAAACUGACACUUGGAGACAAAUACAGUGUCUGGAUGGAAGUUCACAGUGCAGCCGGGAUUGCUGUCUUCAAGGAAUUAACCUUCAGCCUGGAUGAAAUAGUGAAGCCUUGUCCUCCUGAAUUGGAUCACGUGGAACAGGAUUGCUCUGAAGCCAUAGUGACAUGGAAAAACCCUCACUGGUCUGAAUUGCAUAGUGACCAACCUCUCACUUAUGCUAUUCGAUACAAGAUAUCCACAGACCAUGAAUGGACCUAUCUGCAGGAGGCCCAUCUAGACCAAGAAAACCAUGAAUUCUAUGACCUGAAACCAUUCACCUGCUAUGAGGUGCAGGUACGGUGCAUCCCAGAAAAUAAAAAAGACUUUUGGAGCGAAUGGAGUUCUUCCAAACCCUUCUGUACCUGUGAGGCUGCUCCUUUGGGUCAAGUUGAUGUGUGGCAAAAAGAGUGUGUUUCUGACCGCCAGAAUCAAAGCUAUUUCUUGCUCUGGAAGGCACUGGAUCCAGAAGCAGCCCGGGGAAAGAUCCUUGAUUAUGAAAUUAUCUUCCAGGACCACAGCAAAACACUCUACAGAAUGAAUUACAAUUGCUGUCAGGCUUUGAUCCCUAUCGCUGCACAGUAUGUCUCAAUAGCAGCCCGCAAUUCUGUUAAGAAGACACUCUGGGCUAAUCUCAGCUUGGAGAAAACAGAGCUCCCAGGCCCUGAGGAGGUGACAGUAGUGGCAUCAGAAGGUUUGGGUCUCAACGUGACAUGGAAGCCCAGCAUGGAUUCUCAGUGGGUUCAGCCUAAGGAAUAUGUGGUCGAGUGGAGAAAAGAGAUUGCUGAUAGUGCGGGAGAGUUGCUGAACUGGACUCGCACACUUGGAAGCAGUACCAGCGCCCUAUUGAGAGGCAAUUUCAGUUCAAAGGUACCAUACCUUGUGUGUGUGUAUGGUUUGUAUGCUCAUGGGAGAACUACCUCAGACUCUGUACGUGCCUAUUUCAAAGAAGAAGUACCAUCAGCUGGUCCCCAAGGACUGCAAGACAAAAGACUCUCGUCCACUGCCACUUCCAUCUCUUGGGAGGAGAUUCCCUUGGCAGACCGCAAUGGGCAUAUCAUACACUAUAAACUUUACCUGAAACAUCUCCGUUCAGACAGCCUUAUGGUUCACAAGCCCAUUAGUGCUACGGAAAGAAAUUACACUGUCUCAGAUCUGGAGCCAGGAACAACCUACCAGGUCUGGAUGACUGGCUCUACAUCGGCUGGAGAGGGUGCAGCCAGUGCUGUGCAUCACUUCAGUACCUCAGUUUCUCAUUGGCAGAGCAUUGUGAUAGUUUUCUCACUUGUAGUAAUCCUGAUUACAAUGGGGUCCAUUAUGGUGCUGCUUAAAUAUAGAAGGCUACUGAGUUUAUGCCAUAAGGUCCUGCCUCGGUGGUGUUGGGAGAAAAUUCCAGAUGCAAAACACAGUGGGAUUGCUGUGGAGAUGAAUGAAGAGAGCACUGUGCCGGAUGCCCUGACCAAGUGUUCUACCCAGUUUCCAGAAAUUAUGGACAUUGCUGAGAUAUUAGAACAAAUCCCUGAGCCAUCUCCACCACUAGCAAGACCAAAUGCCAUGGUGAUUUCUGGUUAUGAAAAACGAUUUCUUCCUACUCAAGAGGAAAUUCUGAAUUGGAUUGAGCAGGAAAGAAACAAUUCUCCAUUUUCUGGACUAAGAGAAAGGGGGACGUGAUCCUUUUGGGGUCAUUUGCUCAGCUGCUACUUCUGAUCCAGCUGCAGAUCCAAUUUCUCUUGGAAGGACCAUUCCUUGGGCUUUUGAAGCUCCUACUGUGCCUUUGGAUGAAAUGACUGAAAUGUCUCUUAAUAUCCUUUGAUCUGCUUAAAACGAACAGGGCAAUGAAUUUAAGCCAGAGACUGCAGUGACCUGAUCCAGUCUCCAAGGUCUUCAAGACUCUCUUGCUGAGAGGCUUCUGAGGUCACUUCUGAUCUUUAGCAUAUCUCCAGAAUAUGGAGUUGGUGUUUGUGUUGGAUGACGGGUCCUUUCUUCAAAGAUGUCCAAUCAGACUUUUUCAUAAGGUGCUAGAAAAAGGGCCUUUGUGACUAUAGCCCAGCAGCUGUGAAAUUCCCCAGGCUGGAACUGAGGAAACCUACUUUUUUUACUUUCUACCAAGAAGGUCUGUAAAAUUUUACUUUUUAAAGGGUAGAGCAAUUCCCAUCACCCAAAAGUUAUAAACUGUUUCAGUAUACUGGCUGAGGUGCUGGAUUAACAACUGGGAGGCCAUGAGUUCUGGUUCUCCUUAGCUGGGUGAUCAAUCACUCUCUCUUAGUGCAAUCCAGCUUACUGGGAAAAUAGGAAUAAGGUUUAAUAAAUAU